CGCAGGCCCCGCCCGGUCCGAGCCGCUGCCACCACCGCCGCCGCCAUCAUGAUCUGCCUGGUGCUGACGGUGCUGGCCCACCUCUUCCCGGCGGCCUGCGCCGGCGUGCACGAGCGCACCUUCCUGGCCGUGAAGCCCGACGGCGUGCAGCGGCGGCUCGUGGGCGAGAUCGUGCGGCGCUUCGAGAGGAAAGGCUUCAAGCUGGUGGCGCUGAAGCUGGUGCAGGCCUCGGAGGAACUGCUGCGUGAGCACUACGCCGAACUGCGCGAGCGCCCCUUCUACGGCCGCCUGGUGGACUACAUGGGCUCGGGGCCGGUGGUGGCUAUGGUGUGGCAGGGGCUGGACGUGGUGCGCGCCUCGCGGGCCCUCAUCGGGGCCACGGACCCGGCCGACGCGUUGCCCGGCACCAUCCGCGGGGACUUCUGCGUCGAGGAACGUGAUCCACGGCAGCGACUCGGUGGAGAGCGCCCGCCGCGAGAUCGCCCUCUGGUUCCGCGGCGAGGAGCUGCUGUGCUGGGAGGACAGCGCCGGGCACUGGCUGUACGAGUAGCCCUGCCCGCGGGCCCCAGGGGCCGUCCGGUUUGCGACCCGCCUGGAAACGCACUCGGGCCAGCGCUGAGGCUGGCCGGCACCUCUGUUUACAAUAAAGUGAAGUGCUUAUGCUCACGUCGGUCUGGGCCCAGGGACACAGAGCUACGUGUUAAGACAUUUAUUACAUACAGAGCAGAUACGUGGGUUUGCUUGCAGGGCCAAAGCCUGAGGAGAAUGUCCGCCCAGCCCCUCCCCCCAGCCGCACCCACCCAGCUAGCCCCCGAGUCACUGCACGGCCUGUGGGAACAGACAAGGGACUGAACGUACAUCACAGUGGAGGGUGGCAGGGUGGUGGGGGGAAGCCUGCAGCUGCACGGGGCUGUGGCCAGGCCGGCUGGGCUCCUGGGGAGGCUGCCGGAGAUGUGUGCUUCUCUGGUGGGAGGUGGGUAGGCAGCAGGGCCGGGGGCUGCCCCAACCAGCGCCCCUCUCCGGUAGGUUCAGGGAGCAGCAGUCCAGGGCGGCACCCCUCAAAGCAAGUGGCCAUCCACACCCAGAGCCGGCCACACUGC